AUGGAGCAAUUCUGCAAGACAGUUCCUAGCUUUCUCACCAAACUGUGGGUAAUAGUCGACGAUGCCGUCUUGGAUCAUGUGAUUCACUGGAGCAAGGAUGGUCACAGCUUUGAGAUUGUGAAUGAAGAAAACUUUUCUAAUGAAAUACUACCAAAAUACUUCAAGCAUAACAAAAUAGCCAGCUUUAUUCGACAACUCAACAUGUAUGGUUUCCGAAAGGUUUCACCGCAGAGUGAAAAGACUAGUGAGAAAAAGAAAGGUUCUAUAGAAUUUCAGCAUCCACUCUUCAAAAAAGGAGGAGCCUGUCUUCUUGAAAAUAUUAAGCGAAAGGGGCCAACAAUAAAAAUUGACGAUGCCAACCUCUUCUCUGAUGAAUUUCAGAAAAUUCUGACUGAAAUGCAAGAGCUUAGAAACACGCAGAGCGACAUGGAUGCCAGAUAUUCACAAAUGAAACAGGACUAUUCAAACCUAUAUCUGGAAAUUACAAACCUAAAAAAGAAGCACUGUGAGCAACAGCAGCUGUUAACACAGGUACUCCAUUUUAUCUUGGAUUUGAUGAAUGGAAAUCAUACAGUCCUAAAAAAGAGAAAAAGGAGGUUGAGCCCUUCAGACCAUGAUGGAGAUUUAAAAGAUGGUUAUGAACUUAUUGAUGACAAAUAUAAAAGUCUUCUUGACCAGAGUCUUACCAUGUUGAAAGAAUCCAAAAACUUAACUUCAUCUGUAGACCAGACAAAUGGUUCAGUGGGUGAAAAGCCUAAAGUGGCCAGCUCCUGAUAUAGUGUGAAUGAAGAUGCACUGACCAUUCAUUUAGAUUUGACCCAUACCGUUUUCACAGAAAUAACCGACGAAUCCUUUGAACAGGAACCUGAGGAUAUUAAUUUGGAAUCAGUGCUUUCUUCUCAGGAUUCAGUUUUGAUGGAAGAUACAUCAGACAUUCUGUGUAACAAUAUAAUUAACAGUGAUAAAGCGCAUAUGCAUCAUGCAGAAGAGGACAUGCUAGAGCUAAAUUCAUUAUUAUCUGAGAAGACAGUGGACUUUGACUUUGAUGAUUUCAGUGAGAGUCUAAGUCUCAUGAAUAACGAAGGAGAAAGAAGUCUGCUUGAAGCCAGUCGGGAAAAAGACAAACAUGUGGAACAAGGCGUGGAAAAAUCCGAGCUUUUACUUUUAGAUGGGACAUCAAUAUGUAAUUUUGGAGAAGAUCUUCAAGAUUCUGGUGACCUCCUUUUGGAUAAUCUGAAGAACCCACCUAAUGUCUUAUCAGCUUUAUGUGAUCAUGACUAUAUAACCUUCAAUAUUUCCACUACACAAGAAGAUACUGCAAACACCAUUGAAAAUUUUGUUCCCCCAGUUAUCUAUGGAACCAGUGGGGAAUCCAAUGUAUUCCCAUUUUUCUUUAUCAAUCCUGUUACUAAUAUUUUUUGA